GGAUUUAUCAAAAAUGGAUGAUUAUCGCUCUUCAAUUUCAUCACGUCCAGCAUUUGCUCGUAACUCUACAAGUUACUCAAGUACUACUGGACCAAUUCCCACUGGAAAUCGCAUUUUGAAAGUUGUUACCGAAACAAUGACAUCAAGUACAACUGGAGGUGGUGGUGGUACUUCGCCUUUUGGUGCUAAUGCUGCUCAAAUUCGUGAUGCUCGAGAUCGGGAGAAGAAGGAACUUAGUGAUUUGAAUGACCGUUUGGCUAGUUAUAUUGAAAAGGUUCGUUUUCUGGAGGCGCAGAACCGCAAGUUGAAGGCAGACUUGGAUAUGCUACAUGGACGCAAGGGAAAAGAUACCAUCUCUAUUAAAACUAUGUAUGAAAGUGAAAUAAAUGAAGCAAAAAAAUUAAUUGAAGACACUAGUAGUGCUCGUCGUGAUUUGGAUGCUCAAGUUCGUCGUCUCCAGGAUGAAUUAGACGAACAACGACGAAAAUAUGAGGAGGCAGUUCGUGCUCGUAGCGGUGAUCGAGAGAAAAUUGAUGAUUUGCUUGUUCAAUUAAGCAAUUUGGAAUCUGAAUUGUCCUUACUUAAACGUCGAAUUGCUCUUCUUGAAGAAGAAUUGGGUCGUCUUCGCAAAGAGAAUUCUCGACUUCAGUCGGAGCUUCAACGAGUCCGUGCCGAAUUAGACCAAGAAACGCUUAAUCGUAUUGACUAUCAAAACCAAGUUCAAACACUUCUUGAAGAAAUUGACUUUAUUAGACGUUCACACGAUCAAGAAAUUAAAGAUUUGCAAGCAAUGGCUGCUCGUGAUACAACAAGUGAAAAUCGUGAAUUCUUUAGAAAUGAGUUGGCUUCUGCCAUUCGUGAUAUUCGAAAUGAAUAUGAUUCAUUAAACAACAAAAACCGUCAAGACAUUGAAUCAUGGUACAAGUUAAAAGUACAAGAAAUUGAAACUCAAUCUGCUCGUCAAAACAUGGAACAAGGUUAUCAAAAAGAUGAAUUGAAACGUCUUCGUCAACAAUUAACUGAUUUACGUGGAAAACUUGGAGAUCUUGAAGGCCGUAAUGCUCUUUUGGAAAAACAAAUUCAAGAGCUCAAUUACAAUCUAGAAGAUGAUCAACGAGCUUAUGAGGAUGCCCUCAACGCUAAAGAAGCUCAAAUUCGUAAAAUGCGUGAUGAAUGUCAAGCUUUGAUGGUGGAAUUGCAGAUGUUGUUAGAUACAAAACAGACACUGGAUGCCGAAAUUGCCAUAUACCGAAAAAUGCUUGAGGGCGAAGGAGAUGGUCCUGGUUUGAAACAGUUAGUAGAACAAGUUGUUCGUACAACUGGAAUUAAUGAAGUGGCUGAUACAGUUCUCAUUUUUUAAUUUUCUU